AUGGGCGGGGACAGAACCUUGGAGCGUUCGAAGGGGGCGGGGUCAAGCCCGGGUUGGCUGCCCAUUAAGGCGGCCGUGGGUCGGUUACAGUGUCGGCGUAACAAAGUCCUUGGUCGGAUCGAGCCUCCCAUGCUGGUUGUCAUGGAGCUCGUGGCUAGCAACAUUCAGGUGCUGCUGCAGGCGGCCGAGUACCUGGAGCGCCGGGAGAGAGAAGCCGAGCAUGGCUAUGCUUCUCUCUCGCCUCACUGUGGGCGGGACGCGCGCCAGUCGCGGAGGAGGCCGAAGCCUCGGAAGGCCGUCAAAAGCCUCAGAUCUGCACACAAUGAGCUGGAGAAGCACAGGAGAGCCCAGCUGCGACAUUGUUUAGAACAGCUGAAGCAGCAAAUUCCCAUGAACACAGAGCAUUCCCGUUACACGACCCUCAAUCUUUUGCACCGAGCUAGAUUGCACAUUAAGAAACUGGAGGACCAGGAAGAGAAAGCUCGGCGACAAAAGGAGAGGUUACGCUCGGAGCAGCGGAACUUGCACCAGCGGCUAGAGGAGUUAUUGGCUCAUUCCAGUGUGGAGCGGCCACGCGCAGACAGCCUGGACUCUUCUCGAUUUUCCUCAGAACACUCUGACUCAGAAGAUGCUGAGGUGGAUGUGGAAGGUUUGGCUUUCAUUAGCACUGAAGAGGAUGUUGUGGCUGCCAUCAGCACUGGGCAGGAACACAGCUAUUCCAACACCAACAACGUCUGGUUAUGAUGGAAAUAAACCAAGUUCGGAAAGUAAGCACUUCCUCUGAUUUCCUGUUUCCCAGCAACAUGGCUACAGUUUUGUGCUAAUAUGAAUGGAACCUGGGUCACUAGAAUACGGUGCCUUCCACAAGUAAAGGAGAAACCUCACCCAUGGUGCAAAGGACUAUACCACAUAUAAUGCACCACUACCUUUGUCUUGGAAGCAGGCAGGGUCACUACCAGAAACUGAUGGCCAAACUCACUUUCAAUUUUGGUAAGAGUUGUAAAAGAAGACCAAGGUCUCAAGUACUUGAACUUUAUGUGAUGACUGUGUAGACAAUGAGUGUAUUUAGUCUUAUCCCAUCCCAUUGCACAUCUUGGUUCCUUGAGAUGAAGCAGAUGGGCUUUUGCAAUGGAAGCUAAAGACAAAUCCCAAUAAAGUCUGGGAUAUAAAUUGUUUUUAAAGAGAAAAUGUAUUUAGCUGCAAGCAUUAAAGAUUUUGUAAAAGUCUGGCAAAACAUGUAGCACUUCUAUUCCUCUCCUUGAAAGGGUUUAUAUUGCAGCUGACGGAAGUCAGUAACCGCCCGUAUUUAUGCUGGAAAGUGUGUGUCCGCCCAUAUAUGUGUAUCAUGAUAAGCUUGCUUUGUACAGACAGCCUUACUUCCCUGAAACUUAAGUGUGUUUUCCUUUUGUGACCAUCUCUGUAAACCCAGCAGCAUUUGUAGUAAAUAUUUUAAUUAUU